AUGUCUGAUCUCGAGAAGACUACUUCGCCGCUCGAGUCGGGGGAUGUGACGACGGCGGUAGAUGUGGAGAUUGAUCAUGUUGCGGAGAGGAAGCUGGUGCGGAAACUGGAUCUUUAUCUGAUCCCGACUGUUAUGCUGCUAUACUUGCUCAGCUUCUUAGAUCGUGUCAAUAUCGGCAAUGCAAGAUUAUAUGGCUUAGAAAAGGAUCUAGGCCUCCACGGCAACCAGUUCCAAGUCGCCGUCUCGAUUCUCUUCGUUACAUAUAUUCUCUCUGAGCUACCUUCGAAUCUGGUCCUGAAGAAAUUAAGACCGUCGAGGUGGAUAGCUUUCAUUGCCACGGCAUGGGGAAUCAUUGCUACUCUUACGGGAGUAACGCAGAGCUAUGGCGGACUGAUAGCUUGCCGGAUAUUCCUAGGCGCCGUGGAGGGAGGUUUAUUCCCCGGAAUGGCAGUGUACUUGACGUUCUUCUACGUCAAACGAGAGCUUGCGCUUCGUAUUGGAUAUCUCUUCGUCAGUGCUGCUCUUGCUGGAGCUUGUGGCGGAUUACUGGCCUACGGAAUCGGGCACAUGGACGGUCUAUCCGGUCAAUCUGGUUGGAGAUGGAUCAUGAUCUUGGAGGGCAUCCCUACCUUCAUUCUCGGGAUUGCAACAUGGUGGAUUCUACCCGAUUCUCCUGAAACCGCCUACUUCCUCACUCCUGCAGAGAAGGAGCUCAUGAAACUGCGGUUUCUCCGUCAGAAGGGAUAUACGACGUCCGCCGCAAAGUUCCACUGGAAAGACGUGAAAGCAGGGCUCAAGGAUUGGAAGAUAUGGGCAUUUUGCUUUGCGCAGUUCGGAGCUGAUACCAUGCUUUACGGCUUCUCCACCUUCCUCCCCACCAUCAUCAAAGGCAUCAACCCGAAGUGGUCAACCGCCAUAGUCCAAGUCCUGACCAUUCCGUGCUACGCUCUCGGCGCUAUAUCCUACCUCCUCGCCGCCCGGCUCUCCGACCACCAGCAAAAACGAGGCCUGUACUCCGUCCUCUUCGGACUCAUCUCAAUCAUCGGCUACGCAAUGUUGCUGGCCGAUACCACCAGCGGCGUCCACUAUGCCGGAUGCUUCUUAGUGGCCAUGGGCCUCUACGUCGUAGUCGGCUUGCCAUUAGCUUGGUUGCCUACGAAUAACCCACGAUACGGGAAGCGGACUACAGCGACUGGCUUGCAGUUGACGAUAGGAAAUACCGCCGGCAUAAUGUCCUCGUUCAUUUACCCUGCGGGAGAAGGGCCUAGGUACAUUCGUGGCCACGCUAUCACGCUGGCUAUGGUCGCGUGGGCUUCUCUUGUGUAUGGCUUUAUGUGGUUCUAUUUUACGCGCGCAAACGCGCGGAGAGCGCGAGGUGAGGAGGAUGAGAAGAUUGCGGGUAUGACUGACGAGGAGGUCAAUGAGCUGGGUGAUGAGAGUCCGAGGUUUGUGUUUACGAUCUAGGAGCAGUCCUUGCGGAGAUCAUUGGGGUAUUCUGGAGCAUCGAGAUUCCACAUACUAUUUUGUUUUGAAGCGAACAGAGAUUGUUUUCAAAGGAGAUCUGCUCGGUUCAGAUUUAAGUUCAAUUUAGGACAUGAAAUUUAAGCUAGGAUAUGCGCCC